GCCUCCCCGCCCACCCCACCCUCGCCCAGAAGGACUCAGAGGCGAGCCGGAGCCCCUGCCGCAGAGGCUGGGCGCGGUGGCAGCGGGCCCCGUCCUCGGGCCCCGCCAGCGCCAUGUGGCUUUCGCUGCUGCUGCUGACGGUCCUCUGCAAAGGGCACCUGCGGCUGUCCGCAGGCAGCUCCCCGAACCCCUUCUCCGAGGACGUCAGGCGUCCCCCCGCGCCGCUGGUGACCGACAAGGAGGCUAGGAAGAAGGUUCUCAAGCGAGCUUUCUCAGCCAGCCAAGUGCCUGAGAAGCUGGAUGCAGUGGUGAUUGGCAGUGGCUUUGGGGGUCUGGCUGCAGCUGCGAUUCUGGCCAAAGCUGGCAAGCGAGUUCUGGUGCUGGAACAACACAGCAAGGCAGGAGGCUGCUGUCAUACUUUUGGACAGAGAGGCGUUGAGUUUGACACAGGAAUCCAUUAUGUUGGGUCCAUGCAAGAGGACAGCAUUUGCCGUUUUGUCUUGGAUCAGAUCACAGAGGGGCAGCUGGAGUGGCUAUCCUCUCCCUUUGACAUCAUGGUACUAGAAGGGCCCAAUGGCCGAAAGGAGUUCCCCAUGUACAGUGGGGAGAAAGCUUAUGUUCAGGGCCUCAAGGAGAAGUUUCCCCAGGAAGAAGCUGCCAUUGACAAAUAUGUAAAGCUGAUUAAGGUGGUGUCCCGUGGAGUCAUCCAUGCCAUCUUGUUGAAGAUGCUCCCGUUGCGCAUAGCUCAGCUCCUCAGCAAGUGUGGGCCGCUCACCCGGUUCUUUCCAUUCCUUCGUGCGUCCACCCAGAGCCUGGCUGACGUCCUGCGGCAGCUGCCAGCCUCCCCGGAGCUCCGGGCAGUGCUGAGCUACAUCUUCCCCACUUAUGGUGUGACCCCCAGCCACAGUGCCUUUUCCAUGCAUGCUCUGGUGGUCGACCACUACAUAGAAGGGGCCUUUUAUCCCCGAGGGGGUACCAGUGAAAUCGCCUUCCACACCAUCCCUGUGAUUCAGCGGGCCGGGGGCGCUGUCCUGACCAGUGCCACUGUGCAGUGUGUAUUGCUGGACUCAGCUGGGAAAGCCUGUGGUGUCACUGUGAAGAAGGGUCAGGAGCUGGUGAACAUCUAUUGCCCCAUCGUGAUCUCCAAUGCAGGACUCUUCAAUACCUAUAAGUACCUGCUGCCUGAGAACGCCCGCUGCCUGCCAGGGGUGAAGCAGCAGCUGGAGAUGGUGCGGCCUGGCUUGGGCGUCUUCGCCGUUUUCAUCAGUCUGCGAGGCACCAAGGAGGACUUGGGUCUGCAGUCCACCAACUACUUUGUCUACUUCGACACGGACCUCGACAAAGCGAUGGAACACUACCUCUCGCUGCCCAGCGAAAAGGCUGCAGCACACGUGCCCUUCCUCUUCAUCACUUCCUCAUCAGCCAAGGAUCCCACUUGGGAGGACCGGUUCCCAGACCAGUCCACAGUGAUCGUGCUGAUGUCCACCUGCUAUGAGUGGUUUGAAGAGUGGCAGGAGGAAGCGACAGGGAGGCGGAGCAGCGACUAUGAGACCCUCAAAAACUUCUUUGUCGAAGCCUCCCUGUCGGUUGUCACGAGGCUGUUCCCCCAGCUACAGGGGAAGGUGGACAGUGUGGCCAGAGGGUCCCCACUGACCUACCAGUUCUACCUGGCUGCUCCCCGGGGUGCCUGCUACGGGGCGGACCACGACCUGGACCGCCUACAUCCUCACGUGAUAGCCUCCAUGAGGGCCCAAAGCCCCAUUCCCAACCUCUACCUGACAGGCCAGGAUAUCUUCACCUGUGGGUUGAUGGGGGCCUUGCAAGGGGCCAUGCUGUGCAGCAGCGCCAUCCUGAACCGGAACUUGUACUUAGACCUUAAGAAGCUUUACUCAAGGAUCCAGGCACAGAAGAAGAAGAGUUAGUUCAGUAAGCAAUGAGUUUGAGGAAUCCCGCCGGAUCUCUGGCACAGCCCUUGAUUUAGCUAUGUCUUUCUGUACCGGUUCCCUCCUCACAUAAAGCACUCUAAUUUGUUUCUGAUUUCUGACUAGAGGUCUGACACACAGGUCACAGUCCUUAGAUCACAGUUCUCAAGCUGCAGCUCUUCCAGCUGGGCAGGUGGUGAGCUCUCAGACCUCUAACGUGUUGUCCCUGCUAAAAGGCCCGGUGUGGGCCAGUGACUUGGACAGCCUGUCUUGUCAAGCAGUGCUUUGCAUACACACUCCCACACCUCCCACCUCUGAGCAGUCAGAAGUCAAGUAUCCUUUUGGUCAGAUGGCCGGAACCUUCAGUGCUGGCCAGCUGCAGCAGCUCGGUCCGGCCGUCUCGAGGCUUCUCCUCUUCCAUUCUCCACGCGGUGCUGCAGCAGCUCCACGCUACUGAGGGUAAAGGGUGCCUGAAGAGGUUUAGUCAAAACCUGGGCAUGGUUUUGCUUGUAGUCCCAUAGGGUCAGAGGCCCCCAGAUCCCACUUUUGUUGGUUCCAAGGGCUCUUUCAGAGGGUGGGGAAAUGCCUAUGAUAGGCUCAGUGUGACUGACUGAAGACAUUAGUCAGCCAAGUAUAUGUUAGAAUAUCCAAUUCAUAUACAGACAGGCCCUAGGUUGGUCUUCCUUAUUUCCAAGGUGACGCUGGGUCUUCAGUGGGCCAGCACCAAGACACCCUCAUGGAGCUCAGUACUGAGCCUCAAGGUUUAUCUUCCCAAAAUCCACAGCAAAGGGUGACAUUAGCAGUUGAGGCACAGGACUGAAAAGAUGACUUCAUUGGGGUUGAAGCAGGCUGAAAGAGCAUUCCUGGCCAAGGGUAUAGCAGAGGACAAUCACAGAGGUAACUGGAAGACAAAUCAGCCAUCAGCCAGCUACCUCCUUAGACCCAGAGGUAGGAAGGAGUGGGGCUGGAAAUCAGGAUCAGAAUGUGGAAAGCUACAGAAUGUGUGCAGAGGCCUGGGAUGGGGUUCCUGUUUAUUGGUACAUAUGUAGGGAUUAGAUGGGAAGGUGAACAAAGGCUUUUUCACUUAUAUUAGACCUUAUUUCUGUCAAUCUUAUUACCAUUUUAAUAAAUUUAAUCAUUUUAUAGCUUUAAUAUUUGAAAUUUAUUUUGGUUUCUUUGCAAUGAUACAAAACUACAUUGAAAUAGCAUUCAAAGAAGCUCAGUAAAACAUUAUGUACUGAAAAAUACUUAUCAUUAGACCAAAUAAGCUUUAAAAAAAUAAAAGUAAUAAUUAUGUAGUUAAGUUAAAGCUGAAAAUAUAAAACAUUGCAAAAACAGUGGCACUCUACUAAUUGGGUAAACCAAAAAGGGAAACACAUUCAACAAUCAUUUAUUAACAUGAGAAACUUCUGAAUUAAAGGAAUAUCUACGAGUGUGAAGAGGCUGGCUUUGUUGGCAGCCUGAAACUACACAGCUCAGACCCAACACCGUUACAGAGGAGUUUCUCAACUGGGACAUUUAGGAAAUUGACAUGAGACUUGUGGGACUAGCUGAAUUGAGAUUCAGUCCUUCUCUGGAUGAACAGUUAAAUGGAACCUAAAAAUCUCUUCCCAACCCUCUUCCUUAAACAAGGCAGUGUCAAAGGCAACCUUCCCAGCAAGAUUUUUCAGAAAACAGCUGGCCGAACUAUAGGGUCUGGUGUCUGGUGUCUAAAAUACUCUCCUCCCUGUUCAAAUGAUUCAGAACAUGUGCAAAGCGUGCUAGCUUUCACCACAUAUAAAUAACAGCAUUAUGUAUCAUGUUACCCUGUAAAAACAAGGAGCAGGCUUCCUUUUUUUGAUUUAAAUGACAUGAAGUAGAGAAAAAAAUGAGAAUCACCAUCAGGGGAAUUAUAGAGGUUUAUAAUUCUAUCACCAAAUGUUUCAUUAAAAGCCAUCAUGGGAAAAGAAAUGUCAGCAUAUACAUAUAGCUGAUUGUCAGGUCUUUCUGAGUUGUUACAGCCUUUCUAGAUAAACUGGCCUUCACUCCCCACAGAGUCCAGAAGUGGAUUCUUUAAAUAAUUCUUCUACUCAGUAAUCUGAGAUCAGCUAUUCGAUUUCCAUUUUUUCUUUGCAGAGGAGAAACAAACCCCUCUAUGGACAUCCAUGACUAAAGCAUCGAUUCCUCCUAAUAGAAAUCACCCUGCAACCAAAAGCUGGGGCAGGAAAGCAAGCACAUAGCUGUCUGGAUAGGGGUGCCUCUCAUGGCUCCAUGUGCUUACCUGCCCCCCCCACCCCCCCACCCCCCACCAAGAGAUGCCUUAGCCAGCUCAUCCUCCUCCACAUCAUCUCUAGAAAACCGGCUUCCAAUAGUUUAUCUUCAAAAGGACACUACGGAGAAAACAAGUUUUCCACUGGUGUGAGAGAUUUCCUUCAGUGUAAUUUCUAAAGCGAAACUUAAAUUCUAUCAUACUUCUUUAGCACAAGAUACAAUACUUCUCGGAUGCUCAAAAAAUGGAACUAUGUGGACUCCACAGAAUACUUAUUUUGCAUCCACUUGAUGCAAACCACCCUCUUGGUUCCUGAAACCAACCUUUCUGCUCUCCUCCCUACAAGCAAAAUCCAUCAAAAAGGGACAGCAACCAGUAGCCAGGAAGAGCUGUGUGAGACACCUAAGUCACAUUCCUAUGUCCUGAACAAAGAAAAUGUCUCCUUGACACUGAACUCCUGAAGUACCUAAGGAAUGUCACUAUACUGUAGGCAGAUACACAGAUGGUGCCAAGGGCACUCCUGUAAGCAGCUUAGUUUUUGGGGGAAGAGACCAGAUAGAGACAUCAGAUGUCUGCCCCCCUUUUUUUCUUGCUGGAGUUGCAAAAUUUGUGACUGGCAUUAUUAAGUUAAAGAGUAGAAUGGAGGGGCGCCUGGGUGGCUCAGAUGGUUGGGCGUCUGCCUUCGGCUCAGGUCAUGAUCCCAGGGUCCUGGGAUCGAGCCCCACGUUGGGCUCCUGGCUCAGCGAGAAGCCUGCUUUUCCCUCUCCCUCUGCCUCUCUCCCUGCUCAUGCUUUCUCUCUCUUUCUCUGUAUCUCUGUGUCUCAAGUGAAUAAAUAAAAUCUUUAAAAAAAAAAAAAAAAAAA